UGCUGUAUGUUUAUUUUGGUCCGUAAACGAUCAGAUUUACGUAAAUUCUAUUUUAAGCAGAUAAUUGAUUGGAAACAAUUUUAAACGAUCGUAACAAAACACACGAAACUUAUUAAUGUUUUCCCAUUUUUUUGGCCGUACAUCGUGCCGGUUCUCAAACUACAAUGAGCAUUUAUUAGGUAUGGUCCGAAAUGUUUUGUUUUUUUUUCCUUUUUCCCUUGUGGCCUACAGUUUGAUUGGCCAUCAACCGCCCGCCGUACGAACGAACGGAGAAAUCGAGUUCAAUGUUACGCGACGAUGACGUUGCAUUCGAUUAAACACUAUUCUGGUACGAUUUCAAGUUCAUCUAGACCUCUACCUCAUAUUCAUCCCCAUUCCUUAUGAUUGAGUUUACAUGGUUGGUAUUUUUUCGAGCCGCAUUGUUAUUAGCAGCAAAUCAUUCACUCUCCGAAGAAUAUAUGUCAAAAUCCCCGUGUAAAUAAUGUGCUUUACCAUUUCUGUUUGUCGCUUACUUCCGCAAACAUUUAAUCGAAGUUCAAGCUUCGAAUGAAGUAAAAGCGAAAGCUAAAGCAAGUUAGUUUAGUAUUUUAAUUAUAAAACUUAACAUUUGGGGUAAUAAAAUAUUUUUAUUAAUAAAAUAAAUAUUACGGCUAAACGCCGUAAUAAUUGAAUAUAAAUAAAAAAAAACACAAAAAAAUUAAUAAUUAAUAGUAAAGAAAUUUGUUUUGUCACUUCAAUUUGCUACCUUCACGAUCACAAUGAAAUUUCAAUCGAAACCUUCAUAGGCAAGUUGUUAAGCACCUUUUCAUGUGUUUUCUUUUGCGUGGAUUGUUAUUAUUUUGUUGAUCUUAUUACAUCCAAAAUAACAAAGUCAAUAACCGAUCCGAAACCGCGUGCCUCGAUCAAUGUUUCGCUCAAUCAACCGGUAAAAGGAGCUCUUUGUCGUGAACCUGUUUCCUGUGCAUGGGGCACGGUUCCAUUUAUAACUUUUUUUUAGAACCAUAGCAAAUUGAGCCACCACCAUACAGGAAGUAGUACACAGGCACACACAUACCUCACGCAAUGCCUGCCAGUAGCACGACAGGUGGACCUCGUUGACUACCGUCUUUGGCAAACGAUCGAUCAGCGAAAGGAAACGAGACACGCGAUUCGAGUAAGCUGGUCCGGGCUGAGAACAAAUUCACGAGUUCUAGCACUCCCGGCCCGGUCACAUUCUCCCGGCCGAAGGCAUGCACCAGUUUUCCUUGAAUCAUUAAAUUGAGGAGUGAAACAAAAUCUAGAAUAACGCGUGAACACCGGUUCAUGAUCGGUGCUUAGCAAUUCAACAAACGAUUGCGGUUCGUGCCUUGUUUGAAAGCCGGGAUUGGAACCGACUUCCUACUGACCGGGUGGUAAAAACGAGACGAAUUACGAGAGAAGAAAGAAAAAAAAUCUCCACAGAUCAUACACCUAACUGCGCUCGAUUCUAGCGUGAUCCCUCUCGGCGCCGCAUUCAUGUCUUGUGAGCAUCGCUUGAACUAAUCCGGAAGAGGUACACUUUAAGGACACUUUAAGCGCUGGUGCUUUAAAUUAUUUUGCAGCAUUUUAUCGUCUUCUUUCUGUUGAAGGGCUUGCAAAAAUAGAAAAAAACCACUGUCAAACAUAACCAAAUAAACAUUUUUACAGCUCUAACCGCCCGGAAACCUACUAUUUGCACGAUGAAAUAGGUCCAUUACUCUACGAAAUCUUUACGACACGAAAGCUGAUGAUGAAGAUGAGGCAAACGGAUCGUUAUCAUCGCGUGUCUCGUACAGUUUAAUCUUUUUUCACCAUUUCGACGAAACUUCCGAGUCAUAAGCACACAAUAGUAAACCGCAAAAUUCAAGCGAAAUUUACCACUGUGCUGAAGUGUUUUUGCGGAAUUGGUGUUAUAAUUCACGACAGACUACCUCGUAUAGGAAUGCAAAAUAGGAAAUAGGAUUGAAGAUGAUGAAGUAACCGCUUUUUCGAUUAAAUUUGAAAAGCUGCAGCAUCACGUUUUACAGCAUGAACUAUGAAUCUAUCCAUCGUGGACAGCACCUUUGGAGCGUUAUAAAUAUAUCAACAAGCUGUGAGUUAGCAUGGGGAAGUACGUACGACCAUCCUUUUCAAUAGAGUUAUUCUACGAAAUGUCAAGAUGAGUUGUAUUCAGUUUGUUUAUAAAUUAGUUAGUUAGAAAACAUUAAUAUGAAAACACUUUCAUGUGACUCAAAUAGCAAUUCUUGAAGAAACAGACCAAACAGUCAUAAAUCAUACUUCAUACUUUAGUACUUGAUACGCAAUGGAAUGUUAGAAUAGAAAUGUAACGCACGACCGACGAAAUAUAUUUGUAUAUUUUAAAAAAAAUUUCACGUAUAAUUUGUUCUCUAUUGUCGCACAAUUAUCCAAUUUCUAGUUAUAUUGAUAUUAGUGUUUUAAUUUAUUUAAUAAAAGUUCAUGGUUUUUUAAUUUUAAAAUGCCAUGUAACAUUACUGUCUUGGUGUAUGAAAAAUUAUUAUAUGUUAGUUCAUUAAUUAAUUUAUUUUUUUUAAUUUCCAAAAAAAAAACUUUUACAACUGUUUAAUCUUUGUCAAACUCUAUUUGUAAAUAUUUUUAUAUUUCUAAAGAUAUUUUUUUAAGAAACAUAUCUCAGUAAAUUUUAGCAAAACUUAUUGGCAGGAAAACACAUCACCAAAUUUUUAUUUUGAAAGUUAUUUCUUGUUUACUAAGUUAGAAACAAAAUUGAAGCAAAUAUUAUCGUAAAAACUUUAAAAAAUUAAAAAAAGAAGACAAUUGAAAAAGUAGUAGAAAGAUAGUUGAAGUGAGGAAAUAUUUUCUCAGUUAUAAAAAGCGUGUGUUUUAUUGUUAAAAUAAAAUCAUGUAAAAUGUGAAAUUUAUGGUCAUGUUUUUAUUUACCGAGUAAAAUGGAAAAAUCUUAAUAAUGAAACAUAAAAGACACAUAAACUUUUAUUUUAAAAUUUCUUUUAACGACCUUAAACUUUUACUGCCCAGCCUGUCACCGACGGUCCGAAUUUCGAAACAUCAAUCAAGCUUCCAUACACAAAUUCAGCGAGAGUAUAGGAGUAAAAGAAACCCAUAAAAACGCAUAACCUUUCCCCAUUCACUAAUUUUCUAUUUACAAUGUCAUCACAGCUACUAUAGUGUGCGAUGCUUAUAAAUAAAAUUUUCAUCAUUUCCUUAUCAAUGUUGCAACGUUUAUGUGCCGUUGUCUCUCAACCAGAAGCAUUGAUUUAUCACCACCAGCGAGAAUUUCAUUGAUUAGCCACAGCAAUGCACAGCACAGGUGGGUCCGUCGGUGACCUUAUGUUGCAGCGAAUAUGGAAAGCACCGUAAUCUGUCGAUCGUCACGAGCUGUGCCGCGUAAAUUGCUUUCAGCGGUGUAAUCCAUCUGGCCAUAGGUGGUUUGGUUUAUGUUUUCGCACACACAUCAUGCCGGACGGAUUGGUGCCACCGUGCAUCCCUUUUCCGUUCGAAAACAGUGAUGUGUGAGCCCAGAUUCGCCUAAUUGUGCCGAUGGCCUUGCCGAUGCUAGCGGAUGAUUAUUACUCCUCUUUUUUUCGCCACCCGUUAGUUCUCGUAAAAUGGAAAAUAUUCAACAAACGACUCAUUUUCGUGCCGGGACGUUUGGUAACAUAAUCGAUUGCAAAGGUAUGAUGCGCUCUCGAUCGAAAGGGGCAUUAUGCAAACAAACGUACCAUCGUUCACACCUUCCGCCCAGGGUGACUGUGGUGAGCUAAAUGAUUUAGUAGCAAACGAUCAUUGUACCUUGGAAUGAGGCAAGAAAACUGUUUUUCUUUCUUUUGUUGCUCCCUCUCUCUCUCUCUCUCUCUCUCUCUCUCUCUUUUCCUUCAUCUUUUAGCAUGAAUCACACAUAGAUGAUCGCUUGGUACUGAUUACAAACUGAGCCGAAAUCGAACGGGCUUGGCUAUAGUUACUAUUACAGCACCCAUUUUUCUGAUACGGCCCAUUCCAAAUAGGAAAGAUUCGUUCAUACCCGAGCCAAAGCAGAAUCGAAUUAUAAGUGAGGUUAUGCUCACACGUAAAGUUUGUUUGGAGAGCAUAAUUUACAUAACUGAUGAGUGGAUAAAGCUUCAACUGAAUGACUACAAGCUCGAAUCAAACCGUAGUUUAACAGAAAAAAAGCUUGUUACGAUCAAACCAAGGUAAAAACAAUCACUCUGUUCUGGUUCUAUUUGCCUUGUUCCUCUCUCUCCCUCUGUAUCUGUUCCAUCAAAAGUGACCCUAAUGAUCACUUCAAAACAAUUUCAAUCAAUGCUUAAUUGCUGUCGUUAUGUGUACCUUUUAGAGUGAAAAUAAAAAAAAGCACAUAUGCAAGAAAAAUAGACCAAGCCAUUAAGAGGGCCUUAAAGAUCACGUUGCGUUGCAAUAAAGGACUAAUACCUUUUGUCGGAAGAUAAGACAUGAUUGCAGUGCGAUUUCAAAAGUCUUCAAGAUAAAAUUGUCUUAUAUCAGUUUGUUUGAAGAGUUACAAAUGUCCCAUAAGUAAUUUAUUCCAAUUGCUCAUCCAAAAGGCACACAAAACUGAUGCCCUUUUAUUUGUUGAAGUAUUACUGAGUGAAUAAAAAAAAAACCACGAGCAACAUGUAUUGCACUCCAUUCUGCAAAGAUAAAACGAUAGCAAAACAACAUCUUUCUCACGUCGAGUCGGGAAUUGGGAAUUUCCCUUAUGGAAAAUGAUAUUUCUUUGUGCAUAUUCAUAACUCAUUACUCAUUCGCUCAUCAUUCGGUCGUCUAGAGCCACUAAAUAUUGGGAAAGUAAACAUUCGUCGUUUUGGAGAUUGGUUCAAAGUUUUGUUUACCACACUGGUGCCACAUGGCCAAACGUCUGCUAAAUAGACCUUCUCCACAAAAAACAAAACCCUCCUUCAUGAUCCAAUAUGAUUGUUGGUUAGAAAAACGAAGUAGAGAAAAAAACAGAAAACUCCACUUCCUCGUUACUACCUACAUUGGAAUGCCAAGCAUCACGGUUUUGUACAAUGGUGAGUGGUAGUAUAUCCGUCUGUGUAGUUCCGGUUUAAGCUCUAAGUGGAUCAAUGUCUCGCGGCACAAAAUAUUGCACCCUCUCGAAAGGCGUAUUGCAGCUCUGUACGUGGCUGCACCUGAAUAGGGGCAAGGCGUAUUAUUCCUUCGCGAAUUACUUCCUUCACGAUACGAAAUGCCACCGAGUGUUCUACUACCCUCCAACCGGUUGAUGUAGGGGUUGAAACAGAUAAGACAGAUGUGGUUGUAAAAUCAUUAAAGCUAUUUUACCAUCCUGACGUUCGUGCGACACGGUUUAGAAAAACAAAGACACUGCGGCUUUAUCGGCAGUCACCGCGUUAGUACUGCCGAACUGUCCGGGAAGCUGAGCUUUAUCUCUCAAUUUUGCACGAUCAUAAAGUUUGCCGCGGGGGUACAGCAGCACGAUAUUUCGUGGCCUGGUGUCUAGAUUGUCCCUAUGUCAACGACGAGCCAGGUGAAGGAAGGUUUUGGAAUCUUCACUGGGAUCCACAUAUCUGGGAGGGUAUCGGUUGGAUCAUAAAAGUGCAUGACCUCGAGCAAUCAGCUGUUGAGUCGGUGGGAAGUUGCUGCACUUUGUAUGGCCUUAUGUCUAUAUGUAACCGCGAGAUGAUCGCGCAUCAGUUGAUUGUCCCACACUGUGCGCGCUUGCAAGUUGCAUCGGUUUGAUCUGAUGCUUGAAACAUCGACGGAAAGCCACCGUAACUCACGUGCUGUGAAGCCAAGGCCGGGGCUAACACAGAUACGGCGAUAUGUGGAGGUGAUGGCGUGAGAUCGCUGUUUGUUUCUCUUAUGCAAUUAGUGAUUUAUUGUUCUAUCGUCAUCAUCGAACUAACCAGAUGAUUAACCAAAUCUGUUCGUUCUCAUAUUGGUUGAGAACUUCGUGGUACAACACAAAGCGACGUAGACCUUGCACAUGGGCCAACCGAUAUGAAUGUCGAUCAUGAACAUAUGUUUCAUGGUACGAACUGUUCCAGUUCCGCCACAGGCACACAUGGCCAUUAGUAUUCGAGCCCAUGUCGACAAUUACAACGCGACAAUAGCAUCAUCAACAAGACGUUCGAUGAUGGAGUUUUUGUGUCUUUAAACACCCUCCACCAAAACGGACGGACGCUCGUUUGCAAUUGCUACGUGCAUGCACCCGUGCCUGAGUGCAAUUUUAAUGCAGCGCGGUCCUAUUCAAACCUUCAGGCACGCAUACCAAACGGGACCACGUGUGAUGCGGUAUCUAGCCGCAACAGGCACGCACCGGUGCUUUUGCAUAUGUAAAUGAGGAACGAUUUACGUACGUGGAAGUGGUUGGGCAGCUAUUUGUAAUAUGCGUGCAAUAGUUUGUGGGUGAUUGAUGUGGUGCAGUAGAACAUUCAUUCGACAAAGAAACGGUAAAGUUUGAGAAUGAUCACGAUUAACACAAUGAGAAAAUGAAGAAUUAGUAAAAUUUAAUUUAAAACUUAAAUACCUUAAAGCUAUCUUAUAUAUGGAAGGAUUGAUAAGAUCCAAAAAGAAAGUCUUUUUUCUCCCCAUUUCUUAAAUCGCCUCUUUUCUCCUCUAUCUCAAAGUUUUACUGAUUUUGAGCACAUCCUAUACUCUUCAAGGAAAAUCACAAUGAAGAAACGAGAACAUCAUUUUAUCCGAGUUUAGCCUCUAAAGCACUAAACUUAACCAAGGUCACAUACGGCGUCAGUAGCUAUCUCUGGUUGGUUUUAUUGGAUAGUUACGUAUAACCUCCACAGCUAGUCAUGAAUAGGCAGAUAACCAUUUUAUAUUACAGCUCUUCACAUAUUUUCAUGUACACUUUACUCGUCCAAACAAAAGAAUUGUUUCACUUGCUCAACAAAUUCCUCGAGAUACUAAAGGUAUUAUUGAAGGAUUUUAAAAUUUGAGAAAUGUUGCACAGCUUCGAAGUUACUCUGUAAAUUAAGCUAUUACUUGCUCUGGUAAAUAAUAUUUCCAAUCCCUUCAAAAGCUAACCGUAAAUGUCCAAAGUGUAAACUUAAGCAUCACUUCACGCAAACACACGCUUCCAACACCUUUUGAACAGCCCGUUACGUCCACCAAGCAUAUCACUGUUAAACUGUCCAAAUUCCAAAACUGCUCCACUUUACUCGCCCUGCCAACAUUCUUCAACGACCUUGCAGCAGGUUGACUGUUUGUAAAACAUUCCCACCGUGAACGGUGUCCACGCGACCCGUGUGCCAACGUCAGCGCAAACAUGCGGCGCGAAAGGUAUGCAUCAAUGGUGGAAUCCGUGGCACACGACAACCGUGUCCGGUGUUCAAGUGGGUCUGGAAUCAGUUCACGAUGAAGUGUCGCAUCUUUUGCGCCUUGCUGUUAAGUGCUUUCGUGCGUUUCGGCCACUCGUGGGAUCUCGGCUCGAUCGGGAUCGAUCGAUUCCGCGUGCGGCACGUUUCGUUGUACCACUCGAGAGCAUUCCUAACGAUUGAAUCAUCCAACGUGUCUCUGGUGGAAACAACCUGGCCCGAAAAUACGGGCCAUCAGAGGCCUCGCGUGCUGUCGAGCGAUUGGGACGAAGGGUCGUGUCGUGGAUUGAGACAGGUGCUGGGUACGGAUAUUGAUCGACUUGCCCGGCUGUGGGUGCUUUGUGGAGCGGACCGAGACAAGUUAACCUGUCCACCGAAACUGGUCAUUCGUAGUUUACUUAGCCCUGCUACGGGUGAGAUACACCACCAGUUUCGUGUGACCGAUAAUCAACGAUUUCACGCGAUUGUUGUUGACCCAGUACCGGCUAGUGAUGGAGAUACACGUGCGUUUAUAACCCUUCUAGAUGAGGAUCACAUACUGCUGUACUCCUUGUUUAAGCGUACGAUAGGCAAGCUACAGUUUCAAAAGAACGAUCUUACCUCACUGCAUCCGAUCUCCCUUUCGGAGGUGACGAUCAACAACAACCAGCUGUACAUAGCAGAUACGGUGAGCAACCGCUUGUUCGCACUUCCCGUCCGGAACAUACGUCAGCUCGCUUUUCCGGAAGAUGGCGUACGGAAGAUCAUUAUGAAAACGAAAGUUACCUAUCUCGGACGGUUGCUCGGUCGACCAUGUGGUUUGAAGCUGGACUUCCGCGACAACCUGCUGUACGUGUUGCAGCGCGACGGUGCGAUCGUCAAGUGGACACCGGGACGUUCGCUGAAGGCGGAAAAUCACCGUGUCAUCCUGCAGCAAGGUUCGAACAUUACGCAGAUCAUCCUCGGAAUCGCCGGUAAAGCUUGGGCCGUAUCCGCGGAAUAUAUAUCACACGCAACCUUUCGACAUUGCUUGAAGAUUGAGGUUUAAGAAGGCGUUUUUUUUUAAUUCAGUAGGAAAGAGAACUGUGAUAAUGCAUCUCAAUGGUACAUGUUGGAAAUAUAUUGUUUACGUAUACCCUAAAGAACAGUUUCUUGUUUCAUAUCUCCAGUGGUUGACGAUAUUACACCGAAAGAUCCUGGUUUUGAACCUGACAAACAAGUUAUAUUCUCAAUCAAAAAUAAGAUUAUCCCGCAGUUUCCAGUUCACAUUCCAAUAGCUGCCGGGAAUGUAAAAUAAUCAAAAUUAGCGUCACCAGUUUAGUGACGUAGUUGACCGAAAAUAAAAACAUGUUUUAGCUUAUACGGGUAGACUUGACUUUGCCUCUUUCACGAACCAAUCCUUCCUCAACAUACCUUGCUCUUGACCUUCGCGCACAUUGAUGGCCAAUUCGUUUGCGAUCGAUACACAGGGCGCUUAGCAGUACACGGCGCUCGGUAAACCGGCGCUUGUCUGUUGACUUGUCCAUGAUGUCCGUUACGGUGACAUUGAAAUUCGCUAACCGUAAAUCCUUACCGAUCGGCCAUGCACACUGCCGGCAAAGGGUUGUAGGUACCGAUCGUUCAUGCGGAAAAAAACUUGUUUUGCCAGUACAUUCUACACAUACAAACCACGCAGAAGGAGGUUACCUCCCAAAAAGCCUUCGGACAGCAAAAUUUUAACGGCUUGUAUUAAUUUAACGGACGGCUUUUAAAACGAUCUAUGAUAAUGUGUUUUUUAUGCAUGUCGGUAGUUGGAAUGUUUGUUUUGUUAAUUCCAUUCGAAUUCUCUAAUUCUCCCUCUCACGUGCUGCAAAGAUUUAUUACAUUUGUGCGAAAUCCGUUUGAAAGUGCAAUAAAUUAUCCAUUAACUGCUUCUUAUCUGCAAGCUCUGCUAAAUGGAACCGACAACUUGGCUUAUGAUUUGUUUUUUCAUCUUUUAUU